CCAAGUUCUUUUGUGAUAAAAUCUACAGUAGUAGGCAGAAUACUACUCAGUGCGGACUUGCUGCUUUGGCACAUGAUUUUUGAAAAGUUUGGCCAUAUUGAACUUGAAAUCUCCUGGACUAGUAUCUACUCUCAGGUGACAGGACCAGCAUAUCCAGGUCUAAAGCAUAGAAAGCAACAACUUCUGUUGUUCAAAGAUGGAAAAUAAUACAACUACCAUUUCUCGGGAAGAAUUGGAAGAACUUCAAGAAGCAUUCAAUAAAAUAGAUAUUGACAACAGUGGCUACGUGAGUGACUAUGAGCUUCAGGACCUCUUUAAGGAAGCCAGGCUUCCCCUGCCUGGCUACAAGGUGCGAGAGAUUGUGGAGAAGAUUCUAGCGGUGGCUGACCACAACAAAGAUGGCAAAAUCAACUUUGAAGAGUUUGUAUCAUUAAUGCAAGAAUUAAAAAGCAAAGACAUCAGCAAAACAUUCAGAAAAAUCAUCAAUAAGAGAGAAGGAAUUACUGCCAUCGGAGGAACCUCCGCCAUCUCCAGUGAGGGGACACAGCAUUCUUAUGCAGAGGAAGAAAAAGUGGCUUUUGUUAAGUGGAUAAACAAAGCCCUGGAGAAUGACCCUGACUGCAAGCAUCUAAUUCCUAUGGAUCCCACUGAUAACAGUCUUUUCAAAUCACUUGCAGACGGCAUCCUUCUUUGCAAAAUGAUCAACUUAUCUGAACCAGAUACAAUUGAUGAAAGAGCCAUUAAUAAGAAGAAACUCACACCUUUCACUAUUUCUGAAAACUUAAAUCUCGCAUUGAAUUCAGCAUCAGCCAUUGGCUGUACUGUAGUCAAUAUUGGAGCCCAAGAUCUGAAGGAAGGAAAACCUCACUUGGUUAUGGGACUUCUAUGGCAGAUCAUUAAAGUUGGUCUUUUUGCUGAUAUUGAGAUUUCCAGGAAUGAAGCCCUGAUUGCCUUACUAAGUGAGGGAGAAGAACUAGAAGAACUCAUGAAGCUUUCUCCAGAAGAACUCUUGCUCCGAUGGGUAAACUUUCAUCUGACUAAUGCAGGAUGGCAGAAAAUCAGCAACUUCAGUCAGGAUAUUAAGGAUUCCAGGGCCUACUUUCAUUUGCUUAAUCAGAUUGCCCCAAAAGGAGACACAAAUGAUGAACCUUCUAUUACCAUUGAUCUUUCGGGAUUUAAUGAAAAAAAUGAUCUGAAGAGAGCUGACCUGAUGCUUCAAGAAGCUGACAAACUGGGCUGUAGGCAAUUUGUUUCUCCUGCAGAUGUGGUUUCUGGAAAUCCUAAACUUAAUUUAGCUUUUGUAGCAAAUCUGUUUAACACAUAUCCAUGUCUGCACAAGCCUGAGAAUAAUGACAUUGAUAUAAAUUUGUUAGAAGGAGAAAGCAAAGAAGAGAGAACAUUCCGGAACUGGAUGAAUUCUUUGGGUGUCACUCCAUAUAUUAAUCACUUGUACAGUGACCUUGCUGAUGCUUUAGUGAUCUUUCAGCUGUAUGAAAUGACUCGAGUCCCAGUAGAAUGGAGCCAUGUCAACAAACCUCCUUAUCCUGCACUUGGGGGUAACAUGAAAAAGCUUGAAAAUUGUAACUAUGCAGUGGAACUUGGAAAGAAUAAGGCCAAAUUCUCCUUGGUUGGGAUUGGUGGGCAGGACUUACAUGAAGGAAAUUCCACUCUUACCCUGGCAUUGCUAUGGCAGCUGAUGAGAAGGUACACACUGAAUGUACUAUCAGAUCUUGGAGAAGGUGAAAAAGUAACUGAUGAAAUUAUUAUUAAAUGGGUGAAUCAAACUCUUAAAGAGGCAAAUAAAAAAACUUCAAUUUCCAGCUUCAAGGAUAAAUCUAUUAGCACAAGUUUACCUGUAUUAGAUUUAAUAGAUGCCAUCGCACCAAACGCAAUUCGCAAAGAAAUGGUCAAGAGAGAAAACUUGUCCGACGAAGACAAGCUGAAUAAUGCUAAAUAUGCCAUUUCGGUUGCUCGAAAGAUUGGUGCCCGGAUAUAUGCCCUACCGGACGACCUGGUAGAAGUGAAGCCAAAGAUGGUUAUGACGGUGUUUGCAUGCUUAAUGGGGAAAGGACUGAACAAAAUAAAAUAAUGAGAUGUGUAAUUAAUAUCCUGCCAUGUUAAACAUAUUGAAUGCCUCACAGUUUACAGAAUUCUGAAGUUUAGUGGGUAUAAAACCAUUGAUUAUUUGUAUGCACAAUGGUUAUAUAUUCAUUAAUGAUAUUUAGUAUCCUGUUUAUACUAGUUAGAAUUUGUCAGCCUUUUUAGAUAAUAUGAUUAAUUUAGUAAUUAAUUCUGAUAGUAGAAAGUGUUCAUUACCAACCUCAGAUUUUUGUCAUUGAAUUAUUUUCUUUUCUUUAAAAUACCAUUAAAUCAUGACUGGUUUGUUUUCUUUCAUAAUGUGAAAAAAGAUCAACCAACUCAAUACAUUAUUUCAGGUCCUGCUGGGGAAAAUGAGCUUUGAUUUUUGUGUUAUUUAACUUUAAUCACAAAUAUAUUUAAAGUCAUGCUCUAGAAUUCAGCCUUUUCACUUUUUCUUUCAAAUAUGCAAUAUGAUCAGCAAACUAGCCUUGUCUUGUAUAAUUUCUAUAGUGUCUAUAGUGUCUAAAAUUGAAAUAUUGUUCAUUGAUAUUAAACUUUUUAUAUGAGAACUAAUUCUUGAAUAAACCCAAUAUUUUGCUCUCUUGUUUAAACAGCUAUAGCUUUUUACUGAAAACUUAACCAAAACUGUAAUGCUAUUACUUUCACAUUUAGUAGUUUGAUGUGACAUUAAACAUAUGGCAUAUUAAACUUAGCAAAAUGUCAUUAAUAGAGUGUAUAUUGUGCAAAAACAUUUGAAAUAUCUAGAGUUCUACGAAUGUGCGAGAAUUUAUCCAAUUAGCAAGUCUUUACUUUGUGUCCAGCAACGUUCAAUUUUUUGACCUCUGGUCUAUGAAUGUUUUAGGAAUUCUAUUCAUUUAAACUCACUCUUGGUAACCUCCUCCCCCUUCCUUCCUGAGUUCUCUUUUUGUCCAGACCUCAGAGAGCAUAUAGCUAGACAUGUUGACUUCAUCUUACACUGGUCACAGCUCACUUAGGAACCAAUAGAUGAUACUCGCUCUGUAAAAAAAAUAAGGAUGAUAUUUAGCAUAUAAUACCUUUUCAUGUUCUUUUAUAGCUGGAGGGGCAAUGUAGUGCAGUGACAAAAGAGCUGGAUUGAGAGCCUGGGUUCAAAUCCCAGCUCUGCUGAUCACCACUUCUGUGACCUUGGCUAAAUUGCUUGACAAAUAUGGCCCUCAGUUUUCUCAUCUUUGAGAUAAGGACAUUGAACAAGGUGACCUCAGAGAUCCCUUAUCACGCUCUCUAGGUCUAUGAUCCUGUUUCCUUCAGAUUGGGAAUAGUGCUGGUAUCUCUCAGGUACCAGUUGGAUUAGAUGAACUCUGAGGUCCCUUACAACUCUUGAAAUGCUAUGAAUAGGGAGUAGAAAUGUUUUAAGCCAAUCCAUUGUCAUGGUUGGUUGCUACCACUUAAAAUUCCAAAGUUUCCACCUCCAACCUCUGAUGCUGUGCCAUGUAACAAAAGCUCUAUCCCUUAUAUUUCAUAGGGAAUAAGUAAACUGGAUUUCCUCUUCUGUAUUUACCACUGCUUAAAGUAUGGAUAGGUGUCAGGGAAAAGGAAGAACAUCCAUUUCUUUGGAAAGGAAUAUUUGCGAUAAAAUGAUUUGCAAGUGGAAUCUUAAUGUAACAUUCCUUUGCAAAAAAAGACAUUUUGCCUUUAUUUUCUAUUGUGGCUAGGUCAUUCCAAUGUGUAGAUUAGAAGGUGUUCUCACCCUCCAAUGAGAUCAUUUAAAUCACAUUUAAAAUUUUCCUCUCUGAUAUUAUGUUAUUAAAUUUAUAUAAAUUGUGAGUUGAGGAUAUUUUCCCCUGACAAAAUGUAUUUA